AUGCCAGAAGCUUCUCUUGCCUUCCCGGCGAUCUGUCUGACUUUCUCAUUCCUCUUCAUUGUUGCUGUCCACAAUGCUUCGAUUAUACAGAACCUCGGUGCCUUCCAUUAUCGUAUCCUCCUCCCUGUGUACCAACAGAUCCAGCGCAUGCUCACCAACCGUGACCCCAUCACCCCAAACCCACCAAACCACAUGCCCGAGGCAAGGUACGAGCUAAUCAACCUCAAUCCGAACAAUGAAGAAGAACAACCUUCUCCACGUCUCGCGACUUCAUUCAUGCCACCACCUGACCAUCAUCGAUACGGCGAAACCCCUGCUCCCGACACAGUCAACCUGCCCCCAGAAAUAGAUAACGAAACCAGAAUCGACAAUCUCAACAUGACCGCCAGAUACGCAGGAGGCCCGUACCGUCCGCAACAUCGGCCCACUUAUGCGGAUAUCGCCGAGUUCUCCACCUACAGCCCACUCCCAAGUCCGCCAGGAGACGGAGUGUCCUCCGAUGAGUAUGACUCCGACUGGUCCAACUCCGCUGUCGACGAGGCAAUCUUCGAGUCACGCAUCCUAGGCGAUGAUAUCCCCGUCUGGGAAUUCGAAGUUGAGCGUCCCAUUUAUAUCCUUGAUCAGCGCGACCAGGGGGGCUGGCGGCUUGGGUGGAUGAAGUUGUUGAGUGGACUGCGCAGGGUGUUUUUGCUGUUGUUGCCCCCGAGAUGGUCCGACAACGAGAGUGAGAAGCAUGAGACUUUGGGGGAAAUAGGAGGGCAUUCAUGGGCUUGGCAGAAUGUCUGA